AUGUCAGUCAGCGGAAACCGCCGCAUCGCCAUUGUUGGCGUGGGCUCAGCCAUGUCCAAAUCACUCGCUACAUGGCUCGCCACACUGGGAUGGAACAUAGCAUUGAUCUCCCGGUCCGAACAGAAUCUGUCAAAAAUCGCCCAAGAUGUCAUUCGCGUCCAGAAAAACAGUCAAAGCAAAGUGGUUUAUCGAGCCGCAGAUGCCAGUGAACCAGACAGCCUAAAAGCAGCCUUGGACUGGUCUGUCCAGGAGCUCGGUGGCAAAUUGGACGUGCUCAACUAUAACGCCGCCCGUGUUGCUGCUUCAGACAUUACAACUGUCACGCCUGAAGAAUUGGAGAUGGAUUUUCGGGUUUCAGCUAUCGGGACGUUGGUUGCCGGGCAGUGGUUUCAGGAGAAUGCGAGUGUUGAUCGUGUGGAAGGAGAAAAACCGCUGUUUCUUGUUACUGGGGGUGUUCUCGACAAACAUCCAAUUCCUCCAGUCGCAUCUCUUUCCACGGCAAAGGCGGCUUCUCAGACCGUGAGCAGAUUGUUUGCGCAGGUUCUUCCUGAACAGGCCGGUAUUCUGGUCGGUAUGCCGUUGGUGAGUGGGGUGAUUACGGAUCUGGAGACUGGCGAGUUUAACCCGGACUUUCAUCCGGAUGAUAUUAUCCAGAAUAUUUUCAGGCCAUUUUUUGAAGAUCGGGAGAGGAUGACGGAUGGGCUUGAGUGGACUGUGGAGAGGGUCAUGUGA